AGUUGAGUCCCGCCCCUCCAGUCUGUGCCAUCUUGUAUUUAGCAAGAACAAAAACGGUGCAAGAAACAAGUCCGACCUCAGGAUGGGGCGCGGAUACUAAGCUAAAUUUUAAGAGUGUUCUUUGAUUAUCUUUUUGUUGCGGGGCAUUAUGUUUGAAAGUGGGGCACCGCGACGAAACAUCAGCCGCACCCCGCAGGAUAGUUAACGUUAACGUUAGUUUGGAAGCUAUCAAAGCUAAGCUUGCCAAUAGCUAGCCGAGGCUAGUAACCCAGAAACGACUGAGAGGCAACUGGAGAGCUCCAAGUUCCGCCAACCCGGCAGUCAUUCACACAAAGUGUAGAUUCAUUUCGCUGCUGCACUUGAACCAGGAGGGACUGAGGUAACAAUGAGUGUAAUGUCGUGCUGAUCAACUGCUGAGAAGAGAUCCGGGAUAUGAGGAUAGAGGCUCACUAGCUUUGCUGCUAACUGUUGUUUUUCGGUCCCGAGUGGAUCCACAAGAAGCCGCGGUGAGUGGUGCUACAUCUUGGUAUCUGAGAAGCUAGCCCUAUUGGUUAGCUUUUCUUGAGCUUUUCUAACUUGAGUAAGCCCGGGAGUCUUCGAUGUUUUUCCACAGAAUUUUAGUAAAAUGAGAAUAAUUUAGCUUCGCUCAAGUGAACCUCGAUAUAAGUUUGUCUGAAUGGGACUGUAUAUCCCAGUUUAUUCACUGUGCCGGGUUUGAAACGUUUGAACUAAUACAGGACUGUAGCUGAAAUAUUCAAUACCCAGAUUAGCAGGAAUCCGUGACUGAACCAUGAUGUUUCUACAGACUAGUCCUGUGGUUGUUGUCGGCCAGUAUACGAGGUCGUGUCAGCUCAGCGAAAUUUUUUUAAGAUUAUCAUUGGUGACCACUGUCAUCUACAGCUGCUUUUGUCUGCGUUAACUUUUGUCUAUCCCUGGAAACAUCAGUAAAUCAAUAAUCAACCGUCAUAUGUCGUGUAGUUGUAGGUAAUACCGUCUUGUCAGCCCCGUAAGUGAUCAAAUCCCGGAUUGAACCAAAAAUGUGUCAAUCUGAGCAUUUGCUCAUCUUGCAGGCCCAAACUUUAUUAUAUGAUAAGCUACUGGUUUUAUUGAAAGUUUCAGUGGAGGUUUUUGGUGUUGCGAUUUUCAGACACAACUUGCUUCACGGAUCCCAAGGUUUCCGUUUUGAUGGAGAGGUUGAUGUAAUGCUUAUGUAAACUAAAUCAACGCCUCGCACAUUGAGUACCGUUGCUUCCUCUUAUCAACUGGAGAUCUAAUCUUACACAGAAAUGUGGUCUGUGGUAGGAUUUAUGUUAUUUAUCAGAUUACUGAAAUGCGUUAUCCCCUUACCUCGUUUGCUCUCAUUUGGUUGAGUUACUCUCAGCUGAGUUAGAAUAGUCACAAGUGAUGAAACUUUGGUAUACAUCCUUAUUGAAGUAUGAAUAAAACUUUAUCAUUUGUAUUUAGCCUUUAAACAUUUUGUCACCUCUUCGUCUGUUUUCCGUCACUUGUAUUGUUUGUAAACACAAAACAUUGACUUUAUGGAGGCAUUAUUUAAGCUGGUGCUUAUAAAUGCUGUUAGGUUCCCUGGAUGAAUAUGCAAAAACUUCACAUUCACAACAGGGAGCUUCUGUUAUGCAAAACUGUUCCCAAGUCAGGGCUGAGUUCAGCCAUGUGAUCUUGCUCUUUUUGCACCAAUGAAUGCACCAAAUACCAAGUCACUCAUUUUAUUUUUUGAAAAAAACUGAAUGACACAGCACUGUCUGUCUUCAGUGCCUUAUUUUAACUUAAAUGUGACUGAAAUGACAAUGAGUUUGUUUUUCCACAUGGGAUUUAUGGAAACUGUCUUCAUUGCUGUGUGCUUUAACUUGCAUGAAAUUAUGUUCCCCAGAAAAUGAGUGACUGAUAAAAGUGUCAUCUGAAUGUUUUUGUGUUGUUUUUCCCCUUGAAACAUGAACAUGAGUAAACAAAAUAUGGUGCACAGCAGUUGCACACAAUGAUGCACAAACUUGGGUUUAUGUACAUUUCUGCCUUGUUCUGCCCAAUUCCGUUGAAGUUGGGAAAUUGUGAUAAACGUAAAUAAAAACACAAUACAAAGAUUUGCAAAUCCUUUACUCAGAAUUUCAAUCAAUCCAUUAGGCGGCACUGUAUCAAAAACCAACAUCAAUGUGUAAAGGAUAUUGCCACAUGGGCUCAGGAACACUUCAGAAAUCCAUUGUCAGUAAAUACAGUGUGUCUCUACAUCUGUAAGUGCAAGUUAAAACUCUACUAUGCAAAGUGAAAGCCAUUUAUCAGCUCAUCUAAGAUGGACUGAUGCAAAGUGGAAAAGUGUUCUGUGGUCUGACGAGUCCACAUUUCAAGUAGUUUUUGGAAAUAGUGGACGUCGUGUCCUCCGGGCCAAAGAGGAAAAGAACCAUCCGGACUGUUAUCCAUGCAAAGUUCAAAAGCCAGCAUCUGUGAUGGUAUGGGGGUGCAUUAGUGGCCAAGGCAUGGGUAACUUGCACAUCUGUGAAGGCAACAUUAAUGCUGAAAGGUACAGUUUUGGAGCAACAUAUGCUGCCAUCCAAGCAACGUCUUUUUCAUGGAUGCCCCUGCUUAUUUCAGCAAGACAAUGCCAAGCCACAUCCUGCACGUGUUACAACAGUGUGGCUUUGUAGUAAAAGAGUGCGGGUUCUCGACUGACCUGCCUGCAGUCCAGAGCUGUCUCCCAUUGAAAACGUGUGGCGCAUUAUGAAGCGUAAAAAUACAACAACAGAGACCCUGGACUGUUGAACAACUGAAGCUGUACAUCAAGCAAGAAUGGGAAAGAAGUCCACCUUCAAAGCUUCAACAAUUAGUCUCCUCAGUUCCCAAACGUUUACUGAGUGUUGUUAAAAGGAAAGGUGAUGUAACACAGUGGUAAACAUGCCCCUGUCCCAACUACUUUAGCACGUGUUGCAGCAAUUAAAUCCGGAGUUAAUUUUAUUUGCAAAAAAAAAAAAAGUUUGAGUUUAAACAUUAAAUAUCUUGUCUUUGUAGUGUAUUCAACUGAAUAUAAGUUGAAAAGGAUUUGCAAAUCAUUGCAUUCCAUUUUUAUUUAGGUUUAUCACAAUUUCCCAACUUCAAUGGAAUUGGGUUUUGUAGAUACCAGAAUGUCUGUAGAUUGUUAAAUCUAACCAAAGCUGAGCGAAAAGACAAAACCAAAAACAUGAUUAUCAAUCGAAUGAGAUAUUUUUAGAUGCAAUAAUGAAGACACUGGAGGGUGUCCAGUUUGAGAAGUACUAUGUUUAUUACAGAGGCAAACAGGAUAGACAUUGUAAUUUCACCUCGGAAAACAAACAAAAAAAGGAUAUAGUAGUCCUAUAUUAAAUAUCAAUGUCUCUCUGAAGCUCUUUGUAGUGUGUUAGCUGAUACUGCAGACUGAUGGGGUAUUGUUGCAUAUUUUUAUACUUGUUUUUGCUUUGUUGUAGGCUGAUAGAUUUAUCCACAUCCAUUUCUGGACUUUAUUAACCACAGUUAUUUGCAAAAUUCUAAUGCUCAGCAUUAGCUCCAACUAUUGUCAAUGCAUGCUAUAUUUUAGUGUGAACAUGUUGAAUCUAACGGAGUAGUAGAAACCCAAAUGAAAUGUCAUGACAAAGCUCUGUAGCUUGAUUGGGAUCACAGUUAUGCUGAAGUUAAUGAGGGUGUCCCAUUUCCUCCCUUUUCUAUUUAGGAAAGCUUGUUGUUCCUUCUGUAAAUCAACACAUAAGUGUCUACCACAAUUCAGGGAUUGGUUGUUUUUACUUGUGACUGUAGACAGUAGCUGCCUGCAGGCGUCAACAGCCGCUUUCGCCCUAAACACCAUCACAUAAUACGAGAUUGGAAAUUGGUUCACUGCAUUCUGAAGAAACUCUGUGUCAGGGUGGGAGGCUGGGAAUCUGUCUUCUUGUCUAGCACAGAUUUACAAGCAUGUUUACACACAGCAGCCUGUAUGGAACAGGGACCCCGAGGCCCAUUUUUGAGCAUUCAUGGAACCACGGAAGCCUUAUUAUGUUGCUGGCUUUCCUUGGGUCUCCAGCUGACAUUCAAGGAUGAGCAGCUACGUUAACCUUAUUAUAAAGUGAUGUUGCAUUUGUCAACAGCACCGCCUCAGAGUGUAGGCUUAGAUCACAUUCAAGGGGCUGAUCACAUGAUCAGAUGCUUUUCUUUGGUUUGUUUUCGCCCAUCUUUGAUAUGGGUUGAAUAAUAAAUAUUUAACAUAUUACUCUUUACAUUAUUCCUAACCUUAUGCCAUCUGUUUCUAUUAUUGGUGGUUUUGUUAGUUUGAAGUAGGGCUGCAGCUAUCGAUUAUUUUAGUAAUCGAGUACUCUAUCGAUUAAUCUGUCGAUUAAUCGAGUAAUCGGAUAAGAAAUGUUUUGCUCUCACUGUAAUACUUUGCAUUGAAUCACGUUUGCCUCAGAGCGGACUUAAUGCAUGGACCGGGUGUUUUCUUUUAAGGUGCUGCAGCAUUGACGACGUGCUGUUGUGAAACGCCAACUCCGCCUUACAGUAAACGCACUGCACGGCGUUUUCUUUCCUUUUCAGUGUGUAAUGGUCCCACACUUUAGACACUUUCUGCUGUUUCCUCUGCGUGUCAUCUCUUUCUUCCUCUCUCUGUCUGUCCUCGUUUCCCUCCAUGAUUGAACCAAACGCGCCAUAGACAUAAUAAAAGAUAGACCCCGCAUCGGCCGCUACCACGAAUGGGCGCUGUCGAGAAAUGCGGCCGCCAUCUUGGUCCGGUCAUCCGCCUCACUCUGCACCGCUGUUUAACCGGCGGAAUGAAGUCUGAGCGCAUUAAUGAAUCAUAGUUCGCUCAAUACUACGUUAUUUUCUUCCCUGCAAACGCCAUUCAAAGAGGCAUGAUAGAGGCCAUAUUUUUUUUUGGCGUUUUCAAAUACUCAGAAUGAAUAAAAUGAUAUUUUAGAACAUGGCAGCAGUGGCUGUAUUAUAGUAUAACAAUUAAUCAAGGAUAUAUUUAGGUUUAGAGCUAGGUUCCUGCUAUGUCUCAAUAAUUAUUAAUAACUGGCGGUAUUAAUAGGCCAAUUCAAUAUAUAUUGAUUUGAUUAUAAUUUUUUAUAUAGUUUAAUUUUAUUUAUCCAUUUGUAGACACACACAAAUAAUGUCAUAUAGAAGCACUAUUUUAAUAACUGGAAAAUACACACAAAUAUAUAGCCUACAUAUCAAAAAGAUUUAAACACAAGAACAGCAUGACAGGACAGCAUCGAAACUACAUAUCAAUUUGCUUGUUGGCUACACAGCACAGAGGAAUCACUUGCUGCGAAUUUCUCCCUCUAACAGCAAUCUCCCACUUCAUCCUCAAGUUUUUGUCCUUAGGAAAUCUUCAAAAUGAAACAGGAGAUCACCACAAAGAAAUCUUUAAUAAAACAGAUAAUAAAACAGAGCUCACUUUCUUCCUUUUUCUUUCUAUUUUAUUUCUUAACGUUUCUUAGAAGCUCUCUCAAACAAAAGUUUUUCAAUCUAAUGCAAAUCUGUUGAUAAUCGACCAAAGUUGCUAUUAUUGUGAAUAAGCUAGCUGUUCGCAAAUGCUGUUUCCUUUUUGGAGUUGACCGAUAGUCUUCCUCUUUGGCCUACAAAUGACUCUACAGUCAAGUGUAAUGUUUAAAAAACGUUUAAUCAUAACUGUGAAAAGUUAUUUCUUGAGCCCUGUUCUCUGCUGUCCGCCUGUUGGCACAGGAAUACGCCGCACAGUGCUUCGGCAUCGCUGAAUGAAUGAAUAUGAUUGACCGGAGCGUAUGGGAAGCUUGACCUGACCAAGAUGGCGGCCGCAUUUCUCGCUGCGCAGCACCCCCAGCGGGGUCUACCCUUUUAUUAUGUCUAUGGCGCAGCACCCCCAGCGGGGUCUACCCUUUUAUUAUGUCUAUGAAACGCGCGGCAGCGGAAGGAGCGGAAAGAGCACGCUGCUGCGCAACAGAAAUAACCGUCCGUGUCAAACACCGUGCGCUGCACAUGGUUCCGGAUUUAAACGAUUCCUCGAGGCAUAUAAUUUGCCUCAAGGAAUUUUAUUAAUCGAGUUACUCGAGUAAUCGUUUCAGCCCUAGUUUGAAGUAUGAUAAAAUGUUUUUCAAUCUUUUACUUAACGCCCCCUUGCAUAUAUUUAUUACAGGGGAUGAUCAUAGGGUUAAACAAGCUAAAAAAGCACACUCUGGGUCGCAGCUUAAACUCGGGACAGAUGCAAAUUUACAACAGCUGCAUGUUUUUGUUAUCCUCGAGAAAGUCUGCAACUCUCAGAUGAAUACAGAUGGUGCAUUCAGGAGCGUCCAAAUUUUCUAUACUACUGAAAAUAACUGGGGUUACAAUGGCUUACAUGUGAAGGAUUUGUGUGUGGUGGAGACAAAACAGCCCCCCAAAGUGGGGGACCCCCCCCCCCCCCCAACAGGAACAUUUUCCACUCAGUGUGUUGGUCUUCUAGAGGUCAGAAAACAAGUUAUUUUGUUCUCCAUAGUCUCACAGCACCCUUCAUGGUUGAGACAUGGAAGGAAAAAAGCUUUCGUCUCUCCCCCACAUCAGAUCCCAGUCUGUGUCUUUUCAUGUUUGGAGCUCAUCCUGUCCGGCUGAACAUCAUAGUUUGGUCAUGUCAGUAUAAUGUGCUUGUUUCAUAACCUGUUAGAUGGUGACUGUCCUACAUAGAUCAGCUGUGGGUGAUAAAGACUGCUCUCCUUCAGAACAGAGGAGCAGAGCCCAGGAUAACUUAUUUCUGUUUGGCCCAGAAUCAGCCAUUCAUGACAUUCCUGUGAUAAUAUGAGCUUCUAAGAAACAAAUCAUAGAUUUUGAGUACCUGGGAAUCUGAUUUUGGAAAUCUGUAAAUAGGUCAUUUAACUGGAGUACAAGAUAAUAUUUUCCAGGGUGUUUCACACAUUAUUCAGAUGGUUUUCUGUCCAACCGCAGUGGAAAACUGAUGCUAAAAAUCCUUCCAAAUAAAAUGCACACAUGGUCUACCAUCGAACAUUAAACCUAGUGGUUGUUUUUUUUGUGUGCAACUCUUAACACAGCAGCUGCUUUCCCUUCAGGAUCUAGUGCCAGGGUAUUCAACACAUCAGUCCAAAUGAACAUGUCAGCUGCUGUAAAAUAGGCAUUCCAGCAGUCUGAAACCUGAGACCUAGUACUUCAUAUUCAGUGGUUCAAAUGACUCAUUCGUGCAAAUUGAUUUGGAAUUGUUUCAGUAGAUUGCUUCAGUAAGAAGCUGUGAAAUGCACUCAGAGUAAAUCAAGGAAAGAGCCUUUUUAUGACACAGAUGGAACUGCCAAAAAUGCAACUCUAAGCAGCACUACAUGACCAAAGGCCCGGACGGUGUAAUAUUUUGACCCUCAACCUUCUUCCUCUUCUUCACAUUUUUCCAGUACUAACCUGAGCUCUCAUCUGUCUUUUAGGCCCUGGCCAUGCCCUCGAGUGCACGGGCGGGCAAUCUGAAGGACCCGGAGGUGGCAGAUCUCUUCUGCAAAGAUGAUCCAGAGAAGCUUUUCGCAGACCUCCGAGAGAUUGGUCAUGGCAGCUUUGGGGCUGUUUACUUUGUGAGUAGGACAAAUAAUCCUUUUCACUGUUUUGAUUGUUCCUGUGUGUCUUUAACUUCAGCUCAGCCUCACUUCAUGAUAAUCAACAUUAAGCUUGGCCCCUGAUAGACUAGCUCAACAUUUGUAACAUUAUUUGUGUGAUGCAUCAAAAGCUUAAUUCCAGCCCAUACCCCCAUCCCACUUACUGGAAACCUUGAAUUCCUUUUUGAAAUUUGCUGUUAUUAGAGCUUGGUGAUUAAUUGGAUUUUAGUUUCAAUUACAAUUUUGGCUCCCAAUAAAAAAAAAAAUGUGAUCAUCAAGACUGUAUGAUAUUUUUCUGCCUGCUGUGUCGCCCUCUCAAGGUCCGAUACAGUAUGUAUGAAGCACAACCUCCCCCUCUUCAGAUAUCCUUGAACCUCUUAGACAGCAAAGCUUGGUCACAGACUUUCCCUUUAAACGGCUCUCACUUUUACUCCAUCAUUAGCAGUUCAGAUCAACAAAGAACUAAAUAUGGGAGCACAAGGAAGUUGUGGCUACUGCCAAGAUUAUUGGUGGACUGCUGUAUCUUGACCUUUAACUUGCAACAGAAGGACAAACUAUCAAGCAGCCACAGCCGGGAAGCAGAAAGGAGGGAGAGGGGGAGAGAGGAAGGCAGAGCUUUGCCUUGUGUGUCUGAAAAGCCAAGGGACAGAAUGAGCCCAACAGGGGCUAUACAGGUCAUAACUUUGUACACCUGCCAACAAGCUAAAAACUGCAGUGCUGAAAAGUGAGAGGCAUUGUUCUGAAUCGCAAUGAAAGUCUGCAGCCUGUGAUGAAAUGUAUAGUGAUAAAAGAGCUUAAGUCUCUCAAUUUUUAUGACAGUGAAAAUAUACUAAACUACUGAGGGAAAUCUAGCAUUUAAUAGUGCUGUUCAGCAAAAUAAAGUCAAACCCCUAAAGUUGAGCGUUGAUACAUUGUCCCUCAGAAGUUGACCUAUGGCUCGAGUAAGGCAGAGAGACAGACAUGCUUUAGUAAACAAAAAAUGUAGGUUUAGUAGUUAAACAUUUAUUGCAUUUAUCAAAGAGAAGAUAAGAACUUAAUCACUUAUUUGUAGGUAGCUUUCUGUUAUUUUGUAAAGGCAACAAGAUGUGAUGUUACUGCUGCUGGAAUCAAACAGUCUGGCCUUCAACCAAAAUUUCAAGCAUUUCUCUUAAAAAAAACUCUGAAUCAAGGAGGUCAGGGUGUUAUUUUGUGUGGGUUCCCUAAAAGACAGAAAUACCAAUAUUCAAUAAGGUAACAGUGAAUCUAAUAAUUGUCCCCCAGCCUCAUUACACAAACAGCGGGAACACAACUGCACUGAGCCGCUUCAUUGUACCUGUAAAUUAUUCCUUAGACUGCAUGGCAGACUAACACCUCUGCUGUCUUCUACUGUGGGUUUGAGUUUCAGAGGAUCUUUGAAAGACCAUCAGAGAGGUGCUAUAAAAAUAGAGAUCUGCAUGUAUUUGCAUCUAUUAAAUUAGAGUGCUGCAGCUUACAAGGAGAGUCAUGAUCCAAAACAAUUUUUAAUCAGUACAUUUUAAAGUCAGUACUACAGCUCUAAAGAUAUAUUAUUUAUAUUUUCAUGGGGACAUUGCCUGAAACUAUCUGAACCUGCUUACCAGCCUACAUUUCAUAUCAAGCAGCGAUGGCAAGUCUGUAGAAUCAUUGGAAUUCAUGAUACACAGCUUUUGUAUGUGAGAAAUGCCCCGCUGUAUACUAGAUAAGCCAGAAUUGAAUAGGUAUAUGAUGAAUUUAUAUUCACGUGCGUGUGUGUGUGUGUUGGGGGGGGGGGGGUUGUUACCCGUUACCCCCACUCUCUUGCCGCUACGUUACACACACUACUCGCAAUACAGACCGUGUAUAAGCUUAAACGUUACCCUUCACGUAAGUGGUAGAGGAUCCGACAGGAUUUGCUGCGCUCGCUGAUGACUCAAAACAAGUUGAAAAUAACGUAGUGUGUUGUUGUGCUCACACAGUGCGAGAAGAAAUCAUUAGUGCCGCAUUGAUAAUUAUGCUAGUAAUGCUACUCACUAUAUAGACCGUGUAUAAGCUUGAAUAUCACCUUUCAUGUUGAUAGAAGAGGGUCCGACAGGAUUUGAUGCGCUCUUUGAUGACUCAAAACAAGUGGGAAAUAACGUGUGUUGGUGUGCUCACACAGUGCGAGUAAAAUCAUUAGUGGCGUAAUGAUAUUAAUGAUCGUGUGAAAUUUCAGUAGUGACGCACGUAAUUUAGCAGCUGCUAAGUGAAUGUAGGAGAAACACUGGCUUGACAGACGAGCAAUUUUUCUGUGGCAACAUUUAAUUCAGCAAAAUAUUUAUUGAACGUUGAGUUAUUUUCACAUUUGCCAGGAUUACUGAACUGUUGAAAGAAAGUCACAAUGUGGCAUUGGCAUUAUAUAUCAUCCAACCUGCUCUCUCGUUACCACUGUUAACACUUGCUGUUGAGAAAUUGUAAAUUGGACGACCCUAGUUAUAUUAUGCUGAGGCCUUGUAUGCUGGUGAUGGCGUUCUGCCCAUCAUGUCAGUAGGCAAUAUAGUAGUGGUCACUGAUAUUGGUUUUUCAAUGGCGGGUGCUAAUAAUGAGAGAGCCAAUCACAGCCAAUGGUCGCGAUAUGUUGCCAUUGUUAUGAUUUUUUAUAUAUUUUUCUUUAAUGAAUUGUUCAAAUUGUGAUAUGCGGCACAGACUGUUUAAGGCUGUUUUAAGUAUUAUGUGGUUUCAGACAGAAUGCAUUAUUGUUAUGGUCCAUUUGAUAAACAUCUCUGUUAACCUGAAGGGUUAUAUCACAAGCUAUUUUAAGGUCAAUACAUCAACUAUGAUGUAAGGUGGGCCAUUUGAAUGAAGUAAAAUACAGACUUUGUCAGCUGAGCAUGUCAUGUACCAUAUUAUCUUUGUAUACAGGCAUAUUUUAAAUGCACAUAAGCUUCUCUAAAAAAUGUGUGAUGAUGUCAUUUGUUUCUAUGCAAACAAAAAAAUCUGUUCACAAACUGGUGACAUUUUCUUCUGCAGUGAUUUGGAUCUGUAAAAAUAUUUUGUGUUUUGUGAAAUAUAAAGUUGUUGGCAUGAACUCUUUUCCUGUUAUCAAUUACCAUGGGUUAUUAACAUGCAUGAGUGUGCAUGUAGCUGUGUCUGUAUUCCAGGGAUAUGAACCCUCUGAAAAAAAGUAGAACAUAAACAAAGCAGCAGUGUAGGCACUGUUGCAGCGCUCUGAGAGUUGAUCUUUAUUUUUGGAUGUGUUAUAUUAAGACAAUACAUUGUGUUGCAUCAUUGAGUUGUUUACAGUCGGGGCUGGAACUGACCUCAAGUUGGUGCAUCAUGACUUUGUCUUGUGCUCGAUAGCAGCAGUAUCACUUAGGAUUUAGGAUUAAGCUCUUAUGGAGGAUUAACCUGCUGGAAUAGAUUUGACAAUGUAUGAGCAUCUUUUCCAAAAAAAUAAGUAAUGCAGUGUGGUGGAUAGAUGGAUCAUUGUGUACAGUCUUUGUGCUCAGCUCACUCAGCAUACAAGGCUAAAGUUGUGGUGCCACCAAGUGGUCGGAAGUCUCCUCACUGUUACUGAUAAAAAAAAGGCAUUUCUUUUAUAUCCCCGACAGAGCUCAAAGAAUAUACUGCAAUAAAAAUGAUUCCUCUGGACAGAUGAUGUAUUGCUGUCAGUGUCCCCAGUCAUUUACAUGCACCUCUUUAACCGGGUCAAGCCAGCUUACUCCAGAACUCUCAGUCCUUAAACUUGAUGAAGAAAGCUUGUUUCUGUUAUCAGGGUCAGGGAUUAGAGAAACCUGAUUCUUCCUGAAGAACUGGACCACCACACGUGCGUCCAUAUUCUGUUCUAAUCCGCAUUUUACAUGUAACUGUGCAAGACAAGAAGUCAUGUCACAGAAGAGCUGCCUAGUGCCUACUGCAGUCAAAUCAAAUAUCCUCACAUGCAGAGACCAGAAUGUCCUUUCAUUCAAAAUAAGGACAGAAAGGCUGUCUAAAAACCACGUCUCCCAAAAAGGAGCUUUCAGACUCACUAAAAACUUGAGUACUCUUCUGAACUAUCCCCUUUGUCACUCUUGGUCUUGAUGGGCAAUUAAUUAAAUAAGAAAUCCACCCUUUGGAAGUAAAGCAGGGUCAAACAAUACCCCCUUAAAUCCAAAUUAGGGCAUUUAUCUAGAAUUCAAAGGUGGUGGGCUGAUGAUUCAGAUUUUUUGUCAAAUAAAAGUUAUGACAGUUUUAAAAAGUGGAUCUUGAAAGGUUUAACUGCACAUAAUUUGUCUGUCCAAAAGGGGUUAUUUCAGAGAUUUUAGGCUGUGCAACAAAAGAUAAGGAAAGGGUCAUUUUUAUGGAUACUUUUAAGUUAGGCAUCGUGUUAUUCCAAAAAUUUGAGUCAGGAUUUCUUGAACGGAUGGUACUUUGGCAUCCAGCAGUCUAAACAAGAGCACACAUAUUUUCUGAAGAAAAAAAUGUGAAAGAGAGAGAAAGGAAUUGAUUUCUGUGGAGAGUUUGCCGGCUGCUAUGGAUCUCAACAGGGUCAAACACACAGCUCACGCUCUGCUGGAAGAACAUGGUGAGAUUUUUGUUACAUCAGGGAAGUUGGAGACUGUGUGAAACUGAAGGAGUCAAUCACUUCCAUAGAUUCUGGGAUUUCCUUGUUAUUAGAAUAUGCUCGGAAGAGAUCCAGAAACAAAUACUUUGGUGGACAUAUUUCUAUUCAGUAUGUUAAUACUCGAUGCUCAUGCAAAGUAACCUCUUCUGGCUUUAACAACAGCUUGGCAUAUACCAGGCAUUGUUCCACAAGUUUUUUAAGGUAUGUUCCAGGGCAUUCCCAGCUUUCUUAAGUUCAUUAAAAAGAGACUGCUGAUUCGUGGGACGCGUUUUUCUGACCAAUCGGUCUAAUUCAUCCCAACACAAGCUCAAUUGGAGAAAGGUCUGGAGACUGAGGGGGCCAAACCAUCUUUUGAAGAACACCUCUUGUUUUUUGACUAGGUAACCCUGACAGAGCUUGGCAGAGUGCUUAGGGUCAUUGUCUUGCUGCAAAACAAACUUAUGAGCCACAAGUCUGAGUCCAGAUGGAACAGCAUGGUGCUGGAGGAUGGAUUGGUACUGUUCCUUCUUCAUGAUACCCUUUACUUCAAACAAAUCUCCUACUUCAUCACCUGCAAAACACCCCCAUACCAUGGAACUACCACCUCCAUGCUGAAUUGUGGGUGUAACACAUGGGGCUCUAUUUUCGUGUACGCCGGUGAGGCGACGGAGGGUGGCGGACCCCGCGCAGUGGUCUUUCCGUCUGGUGCAGCCCGGUGUACAGCCAGUCUGGUAUUUUCGUGGACUGAGGUGCACGGAGGCGAACCGAGAUCUGCCAAGCUGGGCGUGGUGGCGUGGCAGGGGGAGGUGUCGACAGAAUCAGCGGGCGCAGUGACGUUUUCGUGCUCGCCACCGGCGUGUGAAGUGCGCUGAAAGCUCGCCGAUUCAAACCUGGUCAGCUUUCAGCGGAGGCGGAGCGCAGCUGGUCUAGUAGUAUUUUGGUAGACCAGCGGCGUAUUGGCAUACGUCACUGAUACCUCACCGGCAGGUUUCCACAGUGUCAGGAACAUUUCAGUGCAAUAAAUAAUCAUCAACAACUAAUAAUUUGAGUCAGCACAUACAUUUAAAUCUAUAUCGAUAUACUCUGAUCUAUAUCUGAUCUGAUGAGCGCGUUUGGCACGCGUUUGGACACACAACCUGACCGAAUCAACACAGCUGAAACCGCAUUAAAUUGAAUUAAAUGUCUAGUAAAUAGACACACAUGAUGAAGUUAACUAGAUAUGUAAUUCGUCUCCCUCCUUUUCUUUCUUCCUCUUCCUCUUAUUUCUCGCACAGCUCGACCUGGACACGUCUCCGUGCCCUUUCUCCAUCCUGCUGCUGCGGCGGCUGAACAGAUGAUUUGUUUCAGUGCUCAGAUGCGUUAUCUACUUUAAGCCGACAUACGGAUAUUAUAAUAUUCAGUUUUGUGAGGCAAAUUUAUUUUAUAUGCCAACAUCUAUGAAAGAAAGAGCCAGGCCACGGAGCGUGAUGCGUCAUUUAUGCACAGAUGGUUCCAAUUUUAAUGCCAUUUUUGGAGUUUAUGUUGUGAUCUGUGCGCACAACCCACCUUUGUCGUGAGGUUUGAAUAUAUGCAACUUUAUGUGAGUGUCUUUAUUUGUGGAAAAAGGUAUUUGUCUUACCAGUGGGUAAGACAAACACCUUCACAGAGAGUGUGGAGAACGCCCACUGCAGCGCUUACAGUGACACUUGUUGAGGAGCUGCCUUCUGUCGCCAUCUUGUGGCAUUACUGUUUUCAGACAUCUCUUAAACUCUUUGACUACUUCACGAAAAUAGUAAUACGCCUUGCCGGUGGCGGAUUUAAAGGCAAGGAGAGGAGCUGAUGUGAUUGGUGAAAACAGGUCUCGGCUGUGUUAAACCCACUCCACGCCCUCUCUCCUUCCUUGCUACGACUUACGCCGCUGGGAGGAGCUGAGUUAGGGAGGGGGGAUACUUACGCCGGGCUGCGCUGCUCACCAAAAUACCAAAUUGUGCUUGGGAACGCCUUGUCGGCGCGGCGGACCUGACUUACGCCGUGCCUGCGGCACAUCUCCGGCGAGGCAUGAAAAUAGAGCCCAUGGUGCUUUCAGACGUUCACCAGUUUGUCUGCGGACAUAGACUCUGUGUUUUGAACCAAACAGUGCAAACUUGUUUCUAGCCAUCAUAAGUCCAAUUUUUGUGAGCUUUUGCCCCCUCACAUCUCUUUUUCUUGUUCUGUGGACAAAGUAGUGUUUUUUUGCAGAUACACAACCCUUCAGACUAGCCUUUCAAACGUCAUUUCAUGGUUGUCAGAGAUAUGGGUUUCGACCUUGUCAUGUUGAUUUCCUCCCUUAUUUUUGGUGCUGUCUUUUGCCGAUCUCUCUUACUGGUGACAAUGCUAUGUUUAUCCUCUGCUUUUGUAGUAACUCUCUUUCGUCCAGGUCUUUUUCUAUCAUCAUAACUUCCAGGUUCCUCUAGUCUCUUCAGAGUGUAGUGGACGCCUUUGUUAAACACCUUUAGAUGUUUUGCCAUCUCUCUUUCUGUGUAUCCUUCUUUCCUCAAUAUACAAAUCUGUACUUUUGUUUCUUUACUCAGUUGCUUCUUUCUUUCUAGCCAUUUUUGCGGUAGUUUGAACGCAGUUGAGAUUUAUUAGGAUUUUUGUAUGCAGACUCUCAAAAGCCAAAAAGUUAAAGUGAAUAAUCCAACUGUGAUUUGUUUUUUUUUGCUUUUGCACUGAAGUUGUGACUCUUGCAAAUGUUUUCAACCCUAAAACUAAGCCCUUGUUAUCUUUUGCUGACAUAUACUUAGCAAUGGUCUGUUAACAUCAAUGUAUAUCUAAAGGUAAAUGGAGUAAAAUGGUGCAUUUCCAUGAAAGCAACAUCUGAUCAUGGAGUAAAUACAUCCCAAAAUACAUAAAACUCAUGCUGGAUUUUAAAAAAAGCAUUGUGAACAAAAACUUGAAGUUACUCCCAACUGUUCGGCCUGUAAUUGCCUUGCUUCCAAACUUUUGGCUUAUACAUAUAUAACCUUUCAGAUGUCCUUUCAGUGAAUUCUGUUUAAAUUCCUCUUCUUCUUUCCCUUCUAAUGCGGUCAUUGUUUUUGUAUCUCUGUGACUUUGGAAGUACCUCGUCAAGUAAGCUCCCUUGCUCUAUUUUUUAUGUUAAAACAACUGAGUGAAUAAAAUUUAAAAAAAUUAAAGAAAAGCUACAUGACAUGCAGACUUUUGACCCUGCCUUUACUAAUCUUUAAAGGAUGGAUAAAUUGUUUGUAGAGCAGAAGGUCAAUUCUGAUAUGGUGAUAUUAUAAUAUUACAUGCUACGGUAGUGGAAACAUCUUCCUCUUUUGAACUGCCUUCUCAUUUUACACAAUUUUGACUAUCCAAGAAGCUGGAAAAAUGUUCACCCUCUUGUCCAACUUGUGUCUGUGUAACUUGAUUUUCUUGAGUGUUUAUCAUACAAAUAACUGCAGUUGUGUUCUCCCUUUACAGGCCCGGGAUGUGCGCAACAAUGAGGUGGUGGCCAUUAAGAAAAUGUCCUACAGCGGCAAGCAGACAAACGAGGUGACCACCAUCUCUUCCAUCUCAAUUCAAGUGUAUAAAUCCUGCUCUCCUUGUUUUUACUCGACCUCUAUUUUUCUAUAUGAAAAGCAAACUCUGGUGACAUUAAUGCUGUGGGCAUCACUAGUGCAUCGCAACAGCAUUGAAACAGAUCAUGGACACUGCUCCAGUCUGUAAAUAUAUCCAUUCCUCACAUGAUACAGAUGUUACACUCUUAAUACAAUUGAAUAGAAUAAUUUAAGGUUCAAGGUUUCAUUAUAGGUACCCAUGAAGGUUCAUUGGUUGUGCAGUCUUAAGAUUGUGCAUUACAAAAACAAAAUAAAAUAAAAAAUAAAUAAAACAGCACAUUCAGCACAACAAAUACAAAAUUAAAAGGACAUCCAGACAAAAUGAAUCAAAUAUUGGUUUAAAUUCAGUCAUGACUAAGUGCUUACACAGACACCCACUCCAAGAGAUAAAAUUGUUCAAGUGCAAAACUUUGUGUGAGCAUUGUUCAGUGUUCCUGAAGCUGUAGGUACAAAAGUGUUCUGUAACUUGUCGUUCGGAGGCAAAGGCAGUACUAUGAGCUGCAGUGUCGCCAGUACAAGAGAAAGAUGUUACUGGCUCAUCGUUCUCUCAACGAGAAAAACACACCAACAGCUAGAGCAUCAAAACUGUCUGCUUCAAAUCCAUGCAAGGGUUUGUUCUGCUGUGGAGUGUACCAACCCAAGGUGUCUUUCACAUCCUAUCAGGAACAGGUUUUGGUGAGCAGAAAGGGUUUCAUGUCAGCCCUCUGAUGAUGCCAGCCAGGUUGCUACUGUGCCUUCUUUGGCUGCACCAGCACACUAUGUCAGAGCCCAUGGAGGCAGUCUUGUGACUUCAGUCUUCCAAUAGGCAGAACUGAAGUGGUGUCAUCCAUUCUAUGUACAGUAAAUGCUCCGGAAUCACCUAUCAGCUAGCUGGCCCACUGGACAAAUUGAUUAAGAGCGAAAUCAAGAGGUCACCAUAUCGUGAAACAAGAAGAUGGGAUCGAGUCAAUGUUUUAACAUGUGCUCAUUGUCUAACAUAUUACAAAUUAUGUGCAUUUAUCUCUCAAUCUUCCUUAAAAUGUGUGUGUGUUUUUUUUUUUAUUUACACAAAACCUGUUUAAGAAUAUGUAGAAAAAAGAAGACAUGAGACCAGAAAUCUGUUUCAAUUGGUGUUUUGUCUUUCUAUGUAGAAAUGGCAGGACAUCAUCAAAGAAGUGAAAUUCCUGCAGAAACUUCGCCACCCCAACACUAUCGAGUACCUGGGCUGUUACCUGAAGGAGCACACAGCAUGGGUACAAAAUGCAUCAGUACAUAGUGACAGACAUGAAGACUGGUCUUUACUUUUGACUUGACACCACAGAACAAGGUGUCACUAGUUGUAAAUCAUGUUCAGACGUAUCCAUCUGGACUAAAGAGCUUUUUUUGCUGUAAUACAUAUGUGUCAAACUCAAGGCCCGCGGGCCACAUCCGGCCCGGCAUGCAAUUAUGUCCGGCCCGCGAGAUCAUUUUAUAUUAUUGUUACGAAUGGCCCGACGAUAUGAAGCGCUGGUAACACAAUAAACUACAGAUCCCAUAACGCAGCGCUUUAGCUGCCUAGCCGAGCGCUUUCCAAGUCAAUCAGCUCAAGUGCCUGUUGCUGCUAGUUAUUGUGAAGCUAGCCCCUCAUGAUGCCUAAGAGAAAAGUUGAUUCUGAAAACAGAGCCUUUCAAAAUCGAUGGGAGGCUGAGUAUAUGUUUACUGACAUUGCCGGUAAGCCCGUUUGUCUCAUUUGUGGCGCUAAUGUGGCUGUACUUAAAGAGUUUAAUCUAAGACGGCACUAUGAGACAAAACAUCAGGAUAACCUGAAAGACCUGAAUGCAGAGCAGAAGAUACAGAAAGUAGAAGAGUUAAAGAAGAAGCUUGUUUACUUAAAGCACAAGCACUGUAACAAUUUUUCUUUAUUUUUUCAGGCAUUUUUUUGCAGCAUUGUCAUAUUUAUUUUAUAUAUAUAUAUAUAUAUAUAUAUAUAUAUAUAUAGUAUAUAACAUAUAAUUUUGACUGGAUAUAUUUUUAUGGAGAGCAAGACAUUUUAGUUUAUUUUAAGUUUAAGUUUAUUUAUUCCAGAAUAAAAUUUCUGUCUGUUUGUAUUCAAAUUUAUGUUAAAAAAACAUUUUGUUUUAGUGUGUUCAAUAAAUGUUUAUUCUGUUCGGCCCGCGACCUGAGGUGUGUUUUGAAUUUUGGCCCCCUGUGCAAUUGAGUUUGACACCCCUGCUGUAAUACUAAGCUUCAUCAUCGCACUGGUUGUCAUAUGUGAACAUUAAUAUAUCAUGAAUAUCAGUAAUUACUAUGUGUGGCCCUCAUGGUUUUUAUGUCUCCCUCAGCUGGUAAUGGAGUACUGCCUCGGCUCAGCUUCAGACCUCCUUGAAGGUCAGUUUGACACCUCACACUUUCUUUGAUAUGCAGUAAUUGUUGCAGAAUUCUGAAUUGUGACUCUUCAUGUGUUUUGCAGUUCACAAAAAGCCUCUCCAGGAAAUUGAAAUAGCUGCUAUAACCCAUGGUGCACUGCAGGGAUUAGCAUAUCUUCACUCUCACAACAUGAUUCACAGGUAAGAUCUUAAGCAACAAGUUGGAUCCUCACAUGCUAACCUAAAUCUUUCUAACUUACAUUUGUAUUAUUUGCAUGCAUUUAUUGUCUCCUGAGGCUUAUGCUUUUCCUCAGAGUUUAGUUUUGAAAGAUGUUUUUGGAGCUGGCUUCAUCUCUGUGAGCACCAUGUUUGUAUUCUGCAGGGAUGUGAAAGCAGGAAACAUACUACUGACAGAGCCUGGUCAGGUCAAACUCGGGGACUUUGGUUCUGCUUCAAUUGUGUCUCCAGCAAACUCCUUUGUUGGGACUCCCUAUUGGUGAGUGUUAAAAAAAAAAGCACAACUAAUGCCCUCUGUUGCACAGCUCCACCAGAUUCCACUGAGGAAAAGUCCUGCUCCACAACAACAAUGUUCAUAAUUCCAGUUAGUUUUGCUUGGAUUUAUGUCUUUGUUUUGCUUUUUAGGAUGGCCCCAGAGGUGAUCUUAGCCAUGGAUGAGGGCCAGUAUGAUGGCAAAGUGGAUGUCUGGUCUCUGGGCAUUACCUCUAUAGAGCUGGGUACUGACCUUCAGUCUGACUCCUUUUUAUGUGUUGCUUUGUGUGUUUGUCUUUGUAUUUAUAUGACACUAACAGACUUGUGUUUCUUCCACAGCGGAGAGGAAGCCCCCACUGUUCAACAUGAAUGCUAUGAGUGCCUUAUAUCACAUAGCUCAGAAUGAAAGCCCUGUCCUUCAGUCCAAUCACUGGUGAGAACAUUUCUGUCACCUCCUCUUCAGUCUAGUCUUUGUCUGUUCUGAUACCCUUUUUCCUGUUGGAAAGAAAAACUGUUGCUGUGUUUGUUCAGAGACUUCACUCCCCCAGCUCUUUUGCUUUUUACAUGGAAGCACUGUUCCAAAAUUCCUUGCUUUGCCCAGUUCCUUACUCCAUCACACCAAUCAACAAAAUCCCAUUUCUCUGCAGGUCUGAUUCCUUCCGGAACUUUGUUGACUCUUGCCUACAGAAGAUUCCCCAGGACCGGCCUACCUCGGAUGUGCUGCUGAAUGUAAGAGAGAGUCACAGCGAAACAUGCGCAUAGCUAAUAAGUGGAUCUGUAAUAAUGAAAUUUUAUGUACAUUAUGAUGGUUACCUUUGGGAAAUUUUAUUGGAUGUGUAAACAACAGCCAGUCAAUCUGCAGUUUAUAGCUUGAACAUCAAACAAAAAGUCUGCCACUGCUCUGUUGUACAUUCACUUCAUCACUCUUUAAAAGCUAUGACUUUACAUAUACGCCCAUCAUUUAGAGAGCUGCGCUUUUAAUUUACAGAACCACCCUAUGCUAAUCAGCUGUUUACUUUCCCAGCAUCGUUUUUUGUGCCGUGAGCGUCCACUGACAGUGAUCAUGGACCUGAUUGCAAGAACCAAGGAUGCAGUGCGGGAGCUUGACAACCUGCAGUACCGCAAGAUGAAGAAGAUCCUGUUCCAGGAGACCCAGCAGAACGGCCCAGUGUCAGAGGGAGGGGAGGAUGAGGAGGUGAGGAGCAGGAAGUCUAUACAAGGGGAGAAAGAAUAGGAAGAAAGGACAAAAAGUAACCAGGAGAAGGGGGAAGUUGACGACAGAAAAAGUAUGAGUGAUAGAGAACCCUUUUUUGAGUUUGGAUUUAAAUGCUCUGACCUUAAAAUCGAAGAAUAUGCUUUUUUUAAAGGCCGAUGAAUGUAAUUUUGAUCCUGGUACCUUUUUAUAUUUGAGAAGAAUGUACGUCAACUGAAUUAGACUGAAAACAAACCAAACUGCACAAAAACAGACCUGCGUGAUGCUAAAUCAGGAUUGUGUUUGUGUGUCAGGAGGUGGAGCAGUACCUGUUGCAGACAGGAACAGUCAACAGCAUGGAGAGCUCCCAGUCAGUGCCCAGUAUGUCCAUCUCAGCCAGUUCUCAGAGCAGCUCAGUCAACAGUCUGGCCGAUGCCUCAGACGAUAGUAGCAGUGAGAUGGCCAUGAUGCAGGAAGGCGAGCACACAGUCACCUCCAACAGCUCCAUCAUCCACAGACCAACGGUAAAUACCCCAACAAAGAGCACAACUCAUCAUAUCAUGAACUGAUCUGGUUCUGUUUGAAUGUUCUUUUAUUUAAACCGCUCCCUCUUCUUCCCAGGUUCAGGACAACAUCUAUGAUGACCCCUACCAGCCGGAGAUGGACCAACCACAGGCUCCCUCUGCUGGACGCCGCCGGGCCUACUAUCGCAACAGAGACCACUUUGCCACCAUCAGAACUGCGUCCUUAGUAAGAUUACUCAGCAGAUCCUCUUGCAGAAGGUCUAGCUCCUUCAAUGAUCUAAGCAGAAUAUUGAUUAUGAGGAAAGAUGAAAGCCUGGUAGUAGAAUGAUUUCAAUAAAGGAUUGAGAUCAUCUUUUAACUUUUGGAUUGGUGUUGGACAGACCACUAACUAUAUAACAUUAAAAGUGACUUUAAAAAGGUAGUUAAAAGUCAUUUAUUGAUAAAUCACAUAAAAAAAAAAAUCCAUGGGCAGAGACGGUGUGUGUGUGUGUGUGUGUGUGUGUGUGUGUGUGUGUGUGUGUGUGUGUGUGUGUGUGUGUGUGUGUGUGUGUGUGUGUGUGUGUGUGUGUGUGUGUGUGUGUGUCUAACAGAAAUACUCAGUGCUCAUGUGCUGGUCUCCUCCCCUCCUCUAGGUGACCCGACAGAUCCAGGAGCAUGAGCAGGGCUCGGCUCUGCGAGAGCAGAUGUCAGGCUAUAAACGUAUGAGGCGGCAGCACCAGAAACAAUUGAUGGGGCUGGAGAACAAACUGAAGGCUGAGAUGGACGAGCACCAGCUGAAGUUGGACAAAGAGCUGGAGAACCAAAGGAACAGCUUCUCCACGGAGGCUGACAAGUUGGUGAAGAAGCACCAAGCCAUCCUGGAGAAGGAGGUGAGACAGACAGACUCUGCAAUUUGUGUCAGUUAUGAAAUUUUUUGCACAAAGGCCUGCAAUGAAAACAUUACUCAGCAACAAUCGUUAUUCUACUUGGUGGUUUGUGCCCUGCAGACAAAAGCUGCUCUGGCAGAGGAGAAGAAGUUCCAGCAGCACAUCCUGGGCCAGCAGAAGAAAGAGCUGACCAGUUUACUGGAGUCCCAGAAACGCCAGUAUCGCCAGCGCAAGGAGCAGCUGAAAGAGGUUGAAGCCAAACACACAUCCACGUGUUUUAUAAUACAAGUGAUGAUAGAGGGCAGCCAAUCAUCUUUUGUUCUGUACCAACAGGAGCUGAACGAAAACCAAUUGACUCCAAAGCGGGAAAAGCAGGAGUGGUUGAUCCGUCAGAAAGAGUGUCUGCAGCAGAUGCAGGCAGAGGAGGAGGCUAGUCUACUGCGGAGGCAAAGGCAGUACUAUGAGCUGCAGUGUCGCCAGUACAAGAGAAAGAUGUUACUGGCUCGCCAUAACCUCGAGCAGGACCUGCUCAGAGAGGUACAGCAGUUCAACUCAACUCAGAUCCUCGCAGUAGUCUGAUAAUUUGAAAAAAGAAAAUGCUGUUCCAUUACUUCAUCUAAAUCUGUUUUGGAAUGAGCAGGUCAUGCAUGUGUUUCUUAUAAUCACGUAGUCAAAUACACAAAAGUUAAAAGCUUGGAGUAAUUAGACUUUUAACGCUAAAGCAUCUAAAAUAUUUCUAAGAUUCAGCUAAAUCUCCCUGUGUGGUGUUCUUUCUCUACCAGGACCUAAACAAGAAGCAGACCCAGAAGGAUCUGGAAUGUGCCAUGCUGCUUCGGCACCACGAGUCCACUCAGGAGCUUGAAUUCAGGCAGCUGAGCUCUGUGCAGCGUACCCGGGCGGAACUGAUCAGAACUCAGCACCAAACUGAGCUGACCAACCAGAUGGAGUACAACAAACGCCGGGAGCAAGAGCUUCGUCAAAAACACACCGUGGAGGUCCGGCAGCAGCCCAAGAGCCUCAAGGUAUGAAGAAGACCUGAUUGAUUGAGUGAGUACUCUGUUUAUAAUUGAAGAACCAGCUCCACAGGAAAUCACCUCAGGAAUCAGGAUGUGAUUGAAUUAAAUAGAUCAAAAGAAAAUGUUAGUUUUGGCACACAGAAUACAGGAUAUUUCAGUGUUAGGUAUAAUAUAGUUCUUGAUACAAAAUCAUUUUUCAGUCCAAAGAGCUGCAGAUCAAGCGCCAGUUUCAGGAAACCUGUAAGAUCCAGACCCGUCAGUACAAAGCCCUGAGGAACCACCUGCUGGAGAGCACUCCAAAAUCUGACCACAAGGCCGUCCUCAAACGCCUCAAAGAGGAACAGACACGUAAGCUGGCUAUCCUAGCCGAGCAAUACGACCAUUCCAUCAACGACAUGCUGUCCACACAGGCUGUGAGUAAGGCAAGGACCCCCGUGCACCUGCUACACGUCUACAUCUGCAAACUACAUCCAUCCAUCUACUAUCUUUAAAAAGGUCCUGGAUUUAUUUUCAAAUCUGUAAACCAGUGAGUUUUAUUUUUGUUUUAAACUGAUUUCUCAAAUUUUGUAGACUUGAAAGAUGAGCCACUAAAUGUUAAAAGAAAAAAAAAAUCUAAAUACUGUUUAGAAAAAGGAGAGAGAAUAGGUUGUCUCACACACAUACAAAACAUUUCAAACACCAGCCCCUUUAUCCUUAUUAUUGUUUCGGUCUCCAAAUGGAUACUAAUUCUGGUCUCAAUUUGUCGCCACAGCUGCGACUGGAUGAGACCCAGGAGGCAGAGUAUCAGGUGCUGCGGAUGCAGCUGCAGCAGGAGCUGGAGUUGCUGAAUGCCUACCAGAGCAAGAUCAAGAUUCACACGGACACCCAGCAUGAGCGGGAGGUAAAAGACCUGGAGCAGAGGGUGUCCAUCCGCCGGGCACUGCUGGAGCAAAGGGUACAACACUGUCCCAUGAAAAUUCUGUUUUUAAAAUGUAUUUUAUGAUUUUGAUUGACAUUGAUUGCAUCAAUGUUAUUUGGUCUAUUGCGUGUGUAGCUGAACAGAGGUGUCCAGACGUGUAAGGAAAGUACACCAGUUUUUCUUGCACAGACACACAAAAAAAUUGGACUGAAUUUUAAGCAUUUCACUUAUGGGAUGUGAUUUGUGAGUUUUAGGCUUUAUAGGGGGCCCUCUUUAUAGUUGUCUUGGCCAGUCUGUGAGCUUGUCAGAUAGAGCAACAUGUGAGUGUAGUCCUUCUAGUCAGACAAGGCCAGUCUGUGAAUCUUUGCCAAUCCACACAGAUAGAGAAACUUGUAAGUCUGAAAUGACAUUAAAUAAUAAUUCAACUUGUCAUUCCAGUUUCAGAGAGCAUGCUCUUUGUGUUGGUUGUCAUGGUGACACUUGCUCUAACACUGUGCACAUAUUUCCACAGAUCGAGGAGGAGAUGCUCUCACUGCAGAACGAGCGUUCAGAGCGCAUCCGGACUCUGCUGGAGCGCCAGGCUCACGAGAUUGAGGCUUUUGACUCAGAGAGUAUGCGGCUCGGAUUCAGCAACAUGGCACUGAGUGGAAUCCCCGCUGAGGCCUACAACCAGGGCUACCCAACCCCCAGCCCCUCCUCAGGCUCCAGCGGUUGGCCAUCCCGACCUGUCCCCCGCUCUGGCAGCCACUGGAGCCACAGCGUCCAGAACUCAGUGUCCACUCCAUCCUGGCGCAGUCAGAACCACAGCGGGGGAAGCUUCAGCCGUGCAGAGUCGAUCACCUCCUCUCAUGGCCUCGGCAGGGACAGUGAACCACACAAGAGCAGCAGGGGCCACUCCUCGUCCUCCUCUUCCUCUUCCACCUCCUCCCACCAUCACCAGCACUACCAGCACCACCAGAGCACGCCACAGCUAUACCGUGACAGCCAUGACAGCAGCAGGGAGCGUGAGCGAGCCCGGGAGUGGGUUGGAGGUGGCAGCCACUAUCCGUACCACGCCCAGAGCCACCACCUUCACCACCUCUCUUCCCACGCCUCAUCCCAGUCCUUGGCUCUACUUCCUCCCCCGCCACCACCUCCACCCAUCUCCCUAUCCUCCAAUUCACCCCCAUCCUCUGCCUCCUCCUCAUCAUCAUCACAGGGAGGCUAUGGAGGGGGGAACCUAAGCAUCAGAGGCCCCAGCCUCAUGGCCCUUAGGAACAGCCCCCAGCCUCUGAGGAGGACGGCCUCUGGGGGGCCAGGGGGAAGUGGAGGAAGUGACGGGGGACUUAGCCGUAGUACAUCGGUCACUUCGCACAUUUCUAACGGCUCUCACCUCUCAUACUCUUGAGAGUGGCCAAAUUGUCCUCUCUGCUGGGAUCUCUGGGAUCUGUCCAACAAAACAGGGCUACUAGUUACUCAGCUGGAUAUAAAAUGGGAAGGGGGGGGGGGGGGGGUCAUAGUUUGGUUCUUUUUAGUUUUUAGCAUAUUUGAAGAGGUUUUACCAAACAAGGAAAAACAACUUAACCACUGGUUUCAUGAGUAAGUCUUGGCAUCUCCUUUUUUAACAUGUGCAGGGUCUUCAAAGGGCCCUGGUGCAAGGAAAGGAAGAGAUAAAGAAGGCUCUUAGUCACCCCAGAGCAGAAACAUGAGUAUUAAACCUCAGCCAUAUUUUAAAGAGUUGCACAGAAAGAGUCAUGUAACACAGUAGUCCUGGGUAACAUCAAACAUGAAAUGUGCAAAAAAAGCCAUGUGUUGCAAAGGGAAUAAGUCAAAAGAUAAUGGAAAUAACAGAAAACAAAAAAGUCCACUUGUUCAUUUCAUAACACACUAAACCAUUGCACAGUAUUGAAUUUUGCAGUGAGACAUUGUAACUGCAGGUGUUGCUGGUUGGCCCAUGUUUAGGUUUAACUGAGACCUUCUGGCUUUCAGGUUUAAAGUUUGGCUGUCUGAGAGGUGGCAAUUGUGAAGCUUCCACUUGGCUAGCGGUGCUUUAAAAACCACUGUAACUAUGUAAAUGAGUUCAUUGAAACCCAGUUUUUGGUUUCUAUGUGUUUCAUACAUUCAGGAAGGUUGGAUUGGAUUUUGGUGUGUGUGUGUGUGUGUGUGGUGGUAGUUUGGGGGUGCAAGUAGGGGACAAGUUCUUGAUAACACAUUUCCCUUUCUCCUUAUGGCCAUAAGGUUCUGUAAAUGACAAUGAAAACAAACACUGCCAUCUCUUUCUUGACAACUCUACCACUGCCCUUUCUGACAUGUUUGAGGCAUGAGCUUGUUUUUUUCUUACCAAUCACUUUGCGUGUCCAGUCACAGAAAUAAAAAAAAAAGAAUCUAGAAAAAAAUCAGAAAGUUGGAUGGUUGUUUUGAUUGCUAGAAUCGAUUGGAUUUUUAAAUUUUUUUUGCAAAGUCCCAUUAAAGGACCGCCAGCCUGAUAUACACU